AUGGCAAGAGAUGAAGAAGACCCCUACGCUUCAGAAGAGGAUACCGGGUCCCGGCAGGAGCCUGAGCUGAGGCUCAUCCUGGUGGGCAGGACCGGAGCCGGCAAGAGCGCCACCGGGAACAGCGUCCUGGGCCACAGGCACUUCCUGUCCAGGCUGGGAGCCACGUCGGUGACCAGAGCCUGCGCUGCUGCCAGCGGGCGCUGGGACAGGUGGCGCGUGCACGUCAUCGACACCCCCGACCUCUUCGGCUCCGACGUGCACAACACAGACCCCGAGUGCUUGCAGAGAGCGCGCUGCUACCUGCUGUCGGCGCCCGGGCCGCACGCGCUGCUGCUGGUCACCCAGCUGGGCCGCUUCACCGCCCAGGACCAGCAGGCGCUGCGCAAGGUGAAGGAGCUGUUCGGCCAGGCCGUGGUGGCGCGAGUCGUCCUCGUCUUCACCCACAAGGAGGACCUGGCCGGCGACUCUGUGCAGGACUACGUGCGCUGCACGGAGAACCAGGCCCUGCGGGAGCUGGUGGCCGAGUGCGAGGGCCGAGUCUGCGCCCUCAACAACCGCGCCACGGGCAGCGAGCGCCAGGCGCAGGUGGAGCAGCUGCUGGGCCUGGUCCAGGGCCUGGUGCGCAUGCGCGGGGGCGCACACUACACCAACCAGGUGUACGACCUGGCGCAGGCGCUGCAAGGCGCCGACCCAGAGGAGAGGCUCCGCAGGGUGUCCGCGAUGCUGGUGGCUCACGUGCAGAGGCCCCUGGGGAUGAGGCUGCUGGAGGGGCUAUGGCAAUGGCGGAAGUCCCCAAGGACCUGCUGGAGACUGGGCCUGGCCCUCCUGCUGGGGAGCGCCCUCCUGGUCUAUGCACUGCUCUUCCGGAGUUCAAAAAGAAUGGAAGAGUUUCAGAAAAGCAGAUAUGGGACUAUGAAUAAAGGUGAAGUAGAAGAGAUCUGCUUUGCAACAGCGGCCUCAUUGAGGAUCCUCCUGGUGGGCAGAACAGGCAGCGGGAAAAGCGCCACAGGAAACAGCAUCCUCUGCCGGCCAGCCUUUGAGUCCAGGCUGGCCGCCCAGCCGGUGACCAAGGCCUGCCAGGGGGAGAGGGGCACGUGGAAUGGGAGGGACAUCCUGGUGGUCGACACGCCCUCCAUCUUCGAGGCAAAGGCCCACUCCCAGGAGGUGUACAAGGACAUCGCGGACUGCUACCUGCUGUCUGCCCCAGGGCCCCACGUGCUGCUCCUGGUCACCCAGCUGGGGCGCUUCACGGCCCAGGACGCGGUGGCAGUGAGGAGGGUGAAGGAGGUGUUUGGGACCCAAGCCAUGAGGCACACGAUCGUGCUCUUCACCCACCGGGAAGACUUGGGCGACGAGUCCCUGGACCAUUACGUGGUCAACACGGACAACCUGGGCCUGCGCCGGCUGCUGGCCGAGUGCGGCCGGAGGUACUGCGCCUUCAACAACCGCGCGGCGGGCGAGCAGCAGCGCGCGCAGCUGGCCGAGCUCAUGGCGGUGGUGGAGCAGCUGGAGCGCGAGCGCUGCCACCAGGGCGACCACCUCUUCCUCCCCGCGCCGCGGCUGCAGCCAGGCGGGGGCGCCGGCGGCCCGGAAGCCUAUGCGCACUACCUGGCCGAGGUGAGGGCGCAGGUGGACAGGCAGAAGCAGGCGCUGCGGAAGGAGGAGAGGACCUGCAAGGUCAAGGCGAUCCUCAGAGCCGAAAACUGCAUGAUUCCUCGCUACGUAAUAUCUGCCCUUUUGAUUUUAUGCGGUGUGCUUACUUUUGUCAUUUUAAUGACCUUUUAUAUUAAUCGCGGGAACUGAUUGCCCCCAGAGCCACCAUCAUGGUGUGGCAUUUUCUUGCAUAUGGUAAUUAAUGUUGGAGAACAGACAGCUGCAAAUGGUGGGAAGGGGAAAUUAACAGAAUAAUUCUGUUAAAUGGGCCCACUGUGCUGCCCCCGGCCCCCACCACAUGCUUUUCCAAGAAGCAAUUUACCUGAAGCUCUGCCUGGCCUAAGUAGACAGGCUAUGUCACAUUUCUCAGCAAACUACCUGCCAUCUGCGGAGAAAUGCAGGUGAUAAACCUAGCCUAAUUCCCUCUUAAGAUCAGGAGCCCUCUUGUCCCCAUUUAUAAAGGAUUCAUUUCUGUUUUCUGUAAAACAGAAUUUCUGUAAAAUAGGAUUUCUACAUAGCCUGGCCAUAAUUUGAUGUUGUAAAGCUGCUUGGAGUGCCUGCCUGUGCCUUGAACUCACCCAUUUAGGAGGCACCACUAAAGUUUCGGAGAACUUUAGUGGUGCCUCCUAAAUCUUGGCCUUCUCUGGCCAGAUACCGACCCCUCUCUGAGGCUCUAAUGACGUUCAUAAAUUCUGAUGGCUGUCGGGCCAGCAAAAUAUGAACUAGCCUUUGUGUUAUGCUUGUCAAAAUUUUGUUAUCUGUAAGUUCUCAAACCCCCUUUGUGUAACUUUCUGUGCUAUAAAGCUGUACUCUUGGAGAGCUGGGGGGUUGUCUCUGGUUCCACAGUUUUUGGGCGAGACAGCCUGACUGGUCAAAAUAAUAAGCUUGCUUUCAUUUGAUUCUAAUUGGAGUCGGUGGUCUUUUCUUUGCGUCAUGGUCUAACACAGGCCUGAAAUAAUGUCUAUAAGAGGAACACAAGUUAACCUGAAGGGGGAGACUUUUGUGAUCUUUUUCACAGACCAGAUCGCACAACUUAGGGAGAUAGGAUCAUUUCUCCUAACCAUAAAAUCUGUGAGAAUUUAUGGCUAAGAAUACAAUUAGAACCGUAAGUACGUGUAUGAAAACACACAUGGUGUAACUGUACUUUGUGUUCAACCAGAGACAUGAAAAAUUGUGCUGUAUUUGUGUAUUAUCAAUACAAUUGCAUUCUGCUGCCGUAUCUAGCUAAUUAGAAUAAAUAAAAUAAGAAUAUUUUUUUAAAAAAAGAAUCCAAUUAGAACCAGUCAGCAGGGCUCUAGCCAUGACCUAGAGCUGUCAUGGAUGUGGGGACUUGAAAGUUUGAUGUCUUCCUGCUGUCUGUCAAAAGUGAAGAGGUGGAUCUGGGUGGGACUCUCUGGAAACGUCUCUGGGAUCCUCAAUAAAACUAGGGUGCAGGAGAA